GCGGGGGCAGGCGGCGGCCGGGAGCCGGGGCACGGGCGGCGGGCUCGCCCCGCGCCGCGCAGCAUGGUCCGGGAAACCAGGCACCUCUGGGUGGGCAACCUGCCGGAGAACGUGCGCGAGGAGAAGAUCAUCGAGCACUUCAAGCGAUAUGGACGUGUYGAAAGUGUCAAAAUCCUCCCUAAGAGAGGGUCAGAAGGCGGAGUGGCAGCGUUUGUGGAUUUUGUGGACAUCAAAAGUGCACAGAAGGCACACAAUUCUGUCAACAAAAUGGGAGAUAGAGACCUACGGACGGAUUAUAAUGAGCCAGGAACCAUUCCCAGUGCUGCACGGGGAUUGGAUGAUACAGUUUCCAUAGCAUCUCGUAGUAGAGAGGUUUCUGGGUUCAGAGGAGGUGGUGGGGGGCCCACUUAUGGCCCCCCACCAUCGCUUCAUGCACGGGAAGGACGUUAUGAGCGGAGACUUGAUGGGGCUUCAGAUAACAGGGAGCGUGCUUAUGAACAUAGUGCCUAUGGACACCAUGAGCGGGGGACGGGCGGAUUUGAUCGGACGAGACAUUACGAUCAGGAUUACUAUAGAGACCCUCGGGAGCGGACCUUACAACACGGGCUCUAUUACACUUCUCGGAGCCGAAGUCCAAAUCGUUUUGAUGCUCACGACCCCCGAUACGAACCUAGGGCCCGGGAGCAGUUUACAUUGCCCAGUGUGGUACACAGGGAUAUCUACAGGGAUGACAUUACACGGGAGGUACGAGGCAGAAGGCCGGAGCGGAACUACCAGCACAGCCGGAGCCGGUCGCCGCACUCAUCGCAGUCCAGGACGCAGUCCCCGCAGCGCCUGGCCAGCCAGGCCGCCCGGCCCACUCGCUCGCCCAGCGGCAGCGGCUCCCGGAGUAGAUCUUCCAGCAGCGACUCCCUCAGCAGCAGCAGCAGUACCAGCAGCGACAGCAGUGACUCCAGCAGCAGCUCGAGUGACGAGUCCCCGGCACGAUCGGUGCAGUCCACGGCYGUCCCCGCGCCUGCGUCCCAGCUGCUCCCAUCGCUGGAGAAGGAUGAGCCCCGGAAGAGUUUUGGGAUCAAGGUUCAAAAUCUUCCAGUGCGCUCAACAGAUACAAGCCUUAAAGAUGGACUUUUCCACGAAUUCAAGAAGUAUGGGAAGGUGACAUCAGUGCAGAUCCACGGUGCAUCYGAGGAACGGUAUGGCCUGGUGUUCUUCCGGCAGCAGGAGGACCAGGAGAAAGCACUGAAUGCCUCCAAAGGAAAGCUUUUCUUUGGCAUGCAGAUUGAAGUCACAGCCUGGAUAGGACCAGAAACUGAAAGUGAGAAUGAAUUUCGUCCUUUGGAUGAAAGGAUAGAUGAGUUUCACCCAAAAGCAACGAGAACUCUGUUCAUUGGCAACUUGGAGAAAACAACCACCUACCAYGACCUUCGCAACAUCUUCCAACGCUUUGGGGGAAUAGUGGACAUCGACAUUAAGAAGGUGAAYGGUGUCCCUCAGUACGCCUUCCUGCAGUACUGCGACAUCGCCAGUGUGUGCAAAGCCAUUAAGAAGAUGGAUGGGGAAUAUCUUGGAAAUAACCGGCUCAAGCUGGGUUUUGGGAAGAGCAUGCCUACCAACUGCGUGUGGUUAGAUGGGCUUUCCACAAACGUUACGGAUCAGUAUCUGACCCGACAUUUCUGCCGAUAUGGGCCUGUGGUGAAGGUGGUGUUUGACCGCUUAAAAGGCAUGGCCCUGGUUCUCUACAAUGAGAUUGAAUAUGCACAAGCAGCUGUAAAAGAGACCAAGGGGAGGAAAAUCGGUGGGAAUAAAAUUAAGGUGGACUUUGCUAAUCGGGAGAGUCAGUUGGCAUUUUAUCAUUCCAUGGAGAAAACGGGUCAAGAUAUCAGAGACUUCUAUGAAAUGCUGGCAGAAAGAAGCAGAGACGAGCGAAGAGGAUCCUAUGAAUACGCCCCUGACCGUACUUACUACGAGACUGUUCGGACCCCAGGGACGUAUCCUGAAGAUCCUCGGCGGGAAUACCCGGCUCGGGGCAGAGAGUUCUACACUGAGUGGGAUCCCUACCAAGGAGACUACUACGACCCACGCUACUACGACGACCCUCGCGAGUACCGGGAUUACCGGGGAGAUCCGUACGAGCAGGACAUCAGAGAGUACAGCUACAGGCAACGGGAGCGGGAGAGGGAGAGGGAACGCUUCGAAUCCGAUCGGGACAGAGACCACGAACGGAGACCGAUGGAGCGGAGCCAGAGCCCGACGCAUUCCCGGCGCCCGCAGAGCCCUGGAGCGUCCCCCUCGCAGUCGGAACGGCUGCAGAGCGACUCGGAGAGGAGGAUUUACAGCAGGUCCUCGGAUCGCAGCGGCAGCUGCAGCUCGCUGUCCCCUCCACGAUACGACAAACUUGACAAAGCCCGCGUGGAACGAUACGCAAAAAACGAGAAAGUGGAGAAAGAGCGCGUUUUCGAGCAGGAGAGGGUGGACAAGGAGAAGCGCUUGGUAAGGAAGGAAAAGCCAGAAAAAAUAGAAAAGGAGAAAACGGAUAAGCAGAAACGGAAAGCGAAAAUCCAUUCGCCCAGCUCUCAGUCCUCAGAAACGGAUCAGGAGAAUGAGAGAGAGCCCAGCCCAGAAAAACUAAAGGGCAACAGUAAACAAAGCAAGGAGAGGGGUGACAAAGAAGGGACAGCGAAGAACCGCCUGGAACUGAUGCCCUGUGUUGUGCUGACUCGCGUGAAGGAAAAGGAGGGGAAGGUGAUCGAUCAGCCUGCACUGGAGAAACUGAGGGCAAAGCUGGAUAACGACACUCUGAAAUCCCCACUGCUCGAACAGAAAACUCCGGUGUCCCAGGCUGAGCAAGCCAAGUCUGAGCAGUCUAAACUAGAACAUGUCAGAACCAAGGUACAGAAGGAGAAAGCUCUUGCCAGUCACAUUGAAGUGGUGGACAAGGAGGGAAAAAUGAAACCCAAAAAGCACUUGAAGAUAGAGCAAACUUCCGAGGGGGCCAAUGCAGUUGAUUUAGACAAGUUGGAGGCUCGUAAAAGGCGUUUCGCCGAUGCGAAUCCGAAGCCUGACAGGCAGAAACUGGAUGUGAAACGGAGCAGCCAAGAUGAGGAGGAUGCACGCCUGGCUUUGAAAAAGCAGCUUGAUGCGACRGUGUCUAGAGAAGCACCAGUGUUAAGGGAAGGAGAAUUGGAGAGAAAACCCCUGAGGAAGGAGAUACUUAAAAGGGAAUCUAAAAAACUCAAACUGGAAAGACUUAUUCCUGUUACUAGUCCCAAAGAAAUUCAGGAYACUCUUAAUGUUGGUGGGAUUGGCAUGCGUCCCACCCUGGAUCUGCAGACGAGGCUGAUGGAGGCACCUGAUGAACCUGUGGAAGUUCAGGAACUCUCCACUAAAAAACUGAAUUCAGUAAAACCCCAGCAUAAACCGGUACAGCUGCUGGACGAGCAGGGAACGGAGAGAGAGGACACCAGGAAGAAUUACUCCGGUCUUUCUGAAGAAACACUGGACCAUAAACUUGGCCAAGAGAAACCUCAGUCAACUGACACRGAGGAGAAAAUCAGCAUCGACAUUGACCACACACAGAGCUACCGGAAACAAAUGGAGCAAAGCCGCCGGUUGAAACAGCAGCUGGAAAUGGAGAUAGCGAAGUCGGAGAAGUUUGGCAGCCCAAAGAAAGAUGUGGAUGAAUAUGAAAAGCGGAGUCUGGUUCACGAGGUGGGAAAGCCUCCUCAAGACGUCACCGAUGACUCUCCACCGAGUAAAAGGAAAAAGACUGACCAGUUUGACUUUGAAAUCAGCACUAAGAGAGAAAGGAACUACAGAAGUUCUCGUCAGGUGAGUGAGGAUUCCGAAAGGAUGUCCUGUUCCCCAAGCAUCAGACACUUCCCAUUCCAUGAGGAUGACGACACGCUCGAUUCUCCAAGGUUAAUGCCACUGAAAGAAGCCAAAGAGUCACCUAAAAUAGAAGAAAAGAGUCUUUCAUACUCCAGCAUGACUGUGAGGGAGGACUCGCUGAAAUUCAAUCCUUAUGAUUCCAGCAGAAGGGAGCAGAUGGCAGAAAUGGCUAAAAUAAAACUCCCUGUGYUGAGUUCUGAGGAAGACUCGAGUAGGUGGGAAACCCAAGUGAAGCAAGAGCCUGGGAGAGUCGAUAUCAGCUUUCCAAGCAGCAUUGUSAAAAGAGACAGCAUACGGAAACGGUCUGUCCGAGACCUGGAACCUGGGGAGGUGCCUUCGGAUUCAGAUGACGAUGGUGAAAACAAGCCUCAUUCCCCAAAAGCCUCGUCCUUGUUGGAGAGUUCCAGGUUGUCUUUUUUAUUAAGGGACAGAGAAGAGAAGUUCCGUGAAAGAGAGGAAAGACUCCAGUCCAGUUCCUUAGAAAGAAACAAAUUCUACUCUUUUGCAUUGGACAAGACAAUCACACCUGACACAAAGGCCUUGCUYGAAAGGGCUAAAUCCCUCUCUUCCUCCAGAGAGGAAAACUGGUCCUUUCUAGACUGGGAUUCAAGAUUUGCCAGUUUUAGAAACAAUAAAGACAAAGAGAAGGUUGACUCGGCUCCAAGGCCUAUUCCAUCYUGGUAUAUGAAAAAGAAAAAAAUCAGAACUGAUUCCGAAGGGGGAAAACUGGAUGAUAAGAAGGAAGACCAUAAAGAGGAGGAACAAGAGCGGCAGGAGCUGUUUGCUUCUCGGUUUUUGCACAGUUCAAUCUUUGAACAGGACUCCAAACGCUUGCAGCAUUUAGAGAGGAAAGAUGAUGAUCUGGACUUUAUCUCUGGGAGGUUGUACGGGAGACAGUCCUCCUCUGAUGGGACAAACAGUGCGGCUGAUUUGGUGCAAGAGCCGGUGGUUCUCUUCCACAGUAGGUUUGUGGAGCUGACACGAAUGCAGCAGAAAGAAAAGGAGAAAGAUCAAAAACCGAAAGAAGUGGAAAAACAGGAAGAUAAAGAAAACCGGCCAAAAACACCAGAAAUCGUUCCUGAUAGUAAAGAAACAGAACAUAAACCUUCUUCAGUCUCUGUCCUCCCACAGGAAGUAGCUCCCAUCGCUCCUGAGAAAAUCGUGAGUGAAAAGGUCCUGGUGGAACCAGCUUCUGUCAAGGAAGACAAACCUUCUGAACCUGCUGCUGCAGCAGAGGAGCAAAAACCUUUUCCUGAACUCGCUGYUCCUGCCAAAGUGGAACCUCCCGAGCAAACAGAACCUCCUCCAGUUGUAGAAGYGAGUAAAGAAAUCGUUGCUACAACCCUGGUGCCAGAGGAAGAUGCUGUGGCUACAGAGCAUCCUUCAUACUUGGAUACCAAACCUCCCACUCCUGGGGCAUCAUUUUCYGAUGCAGACAUCAGUGUAGACCCAGAACCUGAGACUGCCCAGCUGCUUCCACCUCCGCUCAAGCUAGUUCAGAAGUCAGAUGAGGCUGUGGAAUCUAAAGAGGAAAACCUUCCACCUUCUGCCARCGCUGAUGCUGGUGCAAGUCAAAAGGUGGAGGUGGCUGCUGAGGUCCUGCCRCCUGUUUCCGACAAUGAUAUGGAAGUGGAACCUCCAGUUGUUGUAAAAGAUAAAAAAUCCUACAAGAGUAAACGGUCCAAGACUCCYGUGCAGUCGGCUGCAGCUAAUGUCAUGGAAAAGCCCGUCACGAGGAAGAGUGAAAGAAUUGACCGUGAAAAACUGAAAAGGUCAAACUCUCCUCGUGGGGAGACCCAAAAGCUUUCUGAAUUGAAAGUGGAGGCAGAAAAGGUUUCAAGGAAUGCUGCUAAAUCACCGAGUUCUGCUGCAGAGCCAGAAAACGUGGAGCUGAGCUUGCCGAUAGGCCGGACCAGGCGCAGAAAYGUGAGGUCGGUCUAUGCUACCACAGGAGACAAUGAAGGCCCAUCUCCAGUGAAGGACUCCAUGGAAGUCACUAGAUCCACCAGGAAGAGAGGGGAAAAGGAGCCACAGGAAACGGUGACAACUGUUCCCACAACCCCGAGGAGGGGAAGACCUCCCAAAACCCGCCGUAAGCCAGAGGAAGACAUCUCUCCAAUAAAGACUGAACCGGUACAGCAAGAGGUGGAGGAGGCUGAAACUAAAGAUAUGGUGGAAGCUUCUAAACCUGCUGAGGGUUGGAGGUCUCCUAGGUCCCAAAAGCUCACACACAGUCACUCAUCAGCUGCUCCCAGCCAACAGGGGAAGAAGGGCAAGAAUGAAACAAAAGCCGAUACCAYGGCUGAGUCCGAAGAUGCUGGUGAAAGAAGCGGUCAGGAAUCAAGCAUCAGUGACAACAGCAACAAACCAAAAGCCGCUGAGAAAGAGCCGGCAGCAAGCGAGCAGAAACGCGAUCGGAAGGAGCUGGAUGKGGAGAAAAACCAGCUAGAAAUCCCCACAGUUGAGAUCAUUGAGAAGAAGCCAGUGCCAGAAAAGGUUACAAAAUCAAAAAGGGGAAGGUACAAAAACACCAAAACGGUUGUUGAUAAAGCAUCUGUGUGUCUCAAAAACGUGGAAAUACGCCUCAACGUGGAUGAAGUCAAGGGUGCCUUGCGGCCCACYGAGGAGGAGGCAGAGCCUGUGGCGAUGUCACCUCCCAAGAUGAAGAGCCCMCCAAAAGAGGACAUCCUGUCACCCCACUUCACUAAGAAUGAGGUAGAAGAUUCAUUCCCAGAAAUGGAAAAGGAGGUGGCGCGGGAGCCCAAGCAGUCACCCGAGGCUGCCCAGUUAGCGAAGCAGAUCGAGCUUGAGCAGGCGGUGGAGAACAUCGCAAAACUCACCGAAACUCCUCCGACUAUUGCUGCCUACAAAGAACCRACGGCGGAUGUGGCCGAAGUCCGUCAGGAGGAGGAGGCUGAUAAACCCGCGCACCAAGCCAGUGAAACAGAGCUGGCGGCGGCCAUCGGCUCCAUCAUCAAUGAUAUUUCUGGGGAGACGGAAAGCUUCCCUGCACCCCCRACGUAUCCCACUGAAUCUGAGGCUGAAAUCCCCACAGAGCCCUUGGUGCUGCAGUCACCUCAGGAGGAGAUGGAGCCUGAGACAGAUCAGGCAGUGAACAACAUCCUGGAAACGGAGGCUGCCGUUGAGCCUGCGGUGCAGCCGGUGCCCAGCUCUGUCCCAUCGGCCUUGGAGACGGAGGGCAAGGAGUCCGAAGUCAGCUUCAGUGAAUCUUCCAACUCUGCACAGGAGGCCGAGACCUUGCAGGAGGCUGAAGUUGCUCGGAAGGAGAAGGGCCGUCAGAAAACUACGCGGCAGAGACGCAAGAAGAGCACGAGCAGGARGGGCGACGUCAACGAAGUCAACGCCUUCGAGCCGGAGAGGGUGCAGGGCAAGUCACCCCUCACCAACGAAGUAAAGACAAAACCUGAAGAAGCCUCAAAGGAGGAAAAGCAAAUCAAACCCACAGCAUCCACAGAGCCAAGUGCUUCUGAUGUCACCAAGACUGUGGCUGCUGAUAUCGUGGCUGUACACGAGGCUGUCCCUGAGAGCUGCACCUCUCCAAAGGUGCCUGCUCCAGCUUUGCUGGACCAGGGUGCCCCACCGGUCCCCCUCGACGAGGGCAGUCAGAGUGGGUUCAAGAUGCAGUCACCCCUGGAGAAUGCUCCCAYCACGCCACCGAGCGCCCCAAAUGCGGCCCUUCCGGCCGUCCCCACGGCUGCGGCCAAACUGCCCACCCCGGUGCCCACCACCAUCGUCCCCCUCCACUCCAGCACUGCCAAGGUGCCGGAGUGGAUGGUCAGGCACGAGGAGCCCCGGGCCCGGUCCACACCCCCACCUGCCCUCCCGCCAGACACCAAGGCAUCAGAUAUCGACACGAACUCCAGCACUUUGAGGAAGAUACUCAUGGAGCCCAAAUAUGUCUCAGCUGCAAGCAUCACCUCCACACAUGUGACGACGACGCAUGCCGAGCCAGUGAGCGCGCCCUGCCUGGAGGAGGCACCUCCCCUCCCUGCCGUGGAGGCCAUCAAGCCAGUUUCUGAGGAGAAGCCGGCCGUUCCCGUCACCAACACCCUGGACCCACCGGUGGCUGAAGCGCCGGUGUUCAGCGAGAAGGAAAAGAUCAACACUGUGAUUGCUCCCAAAGCCACUUCCGUCAUCAGCAGGAUGCCCCUCAGCGUAGAKCUGGAGGAGGCUCCCAGGAUCACCUUGGUGAAACAAGCCCCCCAAACCCAGACCUGCCUUGUCAAUGCUCCCUCUCCAAAAUUCAAGCAGAGGUCAAGUACAAAUGAUAACAGCAGGUUUCAUCCGGGAUCGAUGUCUAUUAUCGAGGAGAGGCCUGUGGAGGCUGGCUCCAGUCCAGGGCUGCGGGUGAACACGUCGGAAGGAGUGGUGCUCCUGAGUUACUCGGGGCAAAAGACGGAAGGCCCUCAGCGAAUCAGUGCCAAGAUCAGCCAGAUUCCCCCAGCYAGCGCUGUGGACAUCGAGUUCCAGCAGUCUGUGUCCAAGUCUCAGAUUAAACAGGAGCCUAUCACGCCGUCCCAACCAGCACCAAAAGGCUCCCAGACCUCGGCGGGCUACGGGACCGUUUCCACCCAUUCUUCGCUGGUACUGGGAACGCAGCCCUACAACACCUCGCCCGUCAUCUCGUCCGUCAAACAGGAGCGCGCCGUGCUGGACAAGCCCGACUCAUCCCACCUCACUGUGCAGCCCCCGGCGUCACAGCCCGGCAAGGUCCUGACACAGACRGUAAACACUCCACCUGUGCUGGUCCAUAACCAAAUGGUUGUGAACAAAAAACUGUCCGACCCAGCUGCUCUCAAAGUGGAGACCAAGACUCUGCAACCCUCCAAUCUGAGUCCUGGAGUCAGUCCUCACCACCCUUCCCUCUCUGGGAAGAUGCAUUCGGAAGUGAAUCACGUCAGCUCUGGGCCCAGCACCCCGACCGACCGGGCCAUCUCGCACCUGGGGGUCACCAAACAGGAGCCACACUCGCCACGUACCAGUGGCCACUCGCCGUCGCCGUUCCCUCGGGCCUGCCAUCCCGGCAGCACCUCGUCCCCAGCUUUGUCCAGCAGCACCCCGGUCAUGCUGGCGCCGGGAAUCCCYGUUCCUCAGUACAUAUCCAGCAUGCAUCCCGAGCAAUCUGUCAUCAUGCCCCCUCACAGCGUGACACAGACCGUGUCGCUGGGCCACCUGUCCCAAGGAGAGGUCAGGAUGAACACCCCCCCUCUCUCCGGCAUUCCCUAYGGCAUCCGCCCGGAAGCGCUGCACUCCCCUCGAGCCACUCUACAGCCCCAGAUGGAGAUCAAACCCCAGCGAUCCAGCACGCCCCAGCCAGCUCCCAUCCGAGACAUUGUCAUACCCCCGCUGUCUUCCCAGCACCCCCCCGAGGAGGAGCUGCACUUCCACCACACGGCGGUGUGCCGCGGGCCGGCGCCGGUGCAGUCGGACGUGCUGGUGAUGCAGCCUGAUUACCGCAUGCACCCCAGCAGCCUGCGGCUGGACCAGUACAACGUCCCGCGUGAYGUCAGGAUGAUCAUGCACCCACACAUGGCUGCCGUGGGCGAGCACCACUCGGAAACGCGACAAUCCCGGACGCCUGAAGGGGCCGUCAAAACCCCCCCGGUCAGUAAGACCCCACAGCCUGGGAAAGAGACUCCCAAAUCCUCGGAAGGCAAGAUGGCCCACUCUCCGCACAGUGAGCCACGGCUGCUCAGCGUGCCCUCGGGUAGCCAGCUGCCCGGGCUGCCCCUGACGCAGCCCGUGGUGGUCCCACAUGGGGUGCAGAUCAUGCACCCCGCCAGCAGCUCCUUCCACGAUUACCGUUCCGUGUAUGGCGACAUGAGGAAUUACCACACGGCGCAGCUCGGGCACCCGCAGUUCCCGGGCACCUCGCCCAUCGGGCUGCCCUCCCGGAGCAUGACCCCGUCUCAGGGUCUUCCGGAGGGCGAGCACUCGCACCCCAGCCAGCCGGUCCGCAGCAAGACGCCUCAGAUCCCGCAGGAUCCCAAGGGCGCGGCAGCAGCAGGGCCGGAGCAGAGCCACCACACCCCCGUGAACCGGCACGCGGCACAGAUGGACUCGCACGUCCACCUGCAGCGGGCGCAGGGCGACACGAGCCAGACCUCGUACCCCUCGCCCGUCGCCAUCUCCAUGAAGCAGGAGCUGCCGUCGCCGCACCAGCCGCAGGCCGUGCCCAAGCAGUCCAUGUUCAUCCCCACAACGUCAGGGCCGCCCCUCAGCCGCCCGGAGCCCCAGGCCACGCUCAAGCAGGAGCCGUCACCUCACCCGGUGUCCCAGAGACCGGUGGACAUGGUCCAGCUGCUGACAAAAUACCCCAUUGUCUGGCAGGGUCUCCUGGCUCUCAAGAACGACACGGCGGCCGUGCAGCUGCACUUUGUGUCCGGGAACAACGUCCUGGCACACCGGUCACUGCCGGCACCCGAGGGAGGGCCCCCGCUGCGGAUCGCACAGCGCAUGCGGCUUGAGGCCUCCCAGCUCGAGGGGGUGGCACGGAGAAUGAUGGUGGAGAGCGAUUACUGCCUGCUGCUGGCCCUGCCCUGUGGCCGUGACCAGGAGGACGUGGUCAGUCAGACGGAGUCGCUCAAGGCCGCCUUCAUCAGUUACCUGCAGGCCAAGCAGGCUGCAGGCAUCAUUAACGUCCCCAACCCUGGCUCCAACCAGCCUGCCUACGUUCUGCAGAUCUUCCCACCCUGCGAGUUUUCGGAAAGCCACCUGUCCCGCCUGGCCCCGGACCUCCUCGCGAGCAUCUCCAACAUCUCUCCUCACCUGAUGAUUGUCAUCGCAUCGGUAUGAGCUGUUUACCAGUUACUGACUUUUCGAUUAUUUCAAUUUUUUAUUUUUUAAUUUUUGCAAGGCCCUGCAGCAAAAAAACCACAAACAAACAACAACAAAAAAAGCCCACAAAAACCACACGGAAAAUUAAUUUUAAAAUAAAUCAAAAGAAGGAGAGAAGGUUAUGAAACACGACAAAUGCUGCCAGAAACCAGCCUCCUGUCCGACUGGCCUCGAUCAAACCCUAGAUGUUUACAUGUUGCUUUAGGUUAUGGACAACUGAUGCACUCAGCAGGUGGACUGGGCUUGGGUUCCCGUGCCUCCUUUUUGGGGAAAAAAAAACCACACACACAAAAAAAGAAAAAAAAAAAAAAAAGAGAAAAGGAUGGCUUAUUUUUUUUAACAAAAAAAAAAGGAAAAAAAUAAAUAAGAACCUGAACUGCCUUUGCACUAAAUUAGUGACUCGGACUUUGCACAGUUGGAGACGCUGUGACGUUCUGGAUGUCUUGACACACAUUGACCGCGUGCCGUGGACGUUCCGCAGGGACUCUGCUGAGAUUUGUGGGUCAAGGAGCAUUUCACAGUCAUUUUUUUAUUUUAUUGGUUGUUUCGUUGGGAUUUUUGGGGUUUUUUUUCUUCUUUUGGGGUUGGUGUCUUUUUUUGGGGGGGGGGGUAUUUUUUCUGGAUGUGAACCUUCCUCUUCCUCCACCUGCCCCUGCUGCAGCCGUCUUCUUUUCAUCUGGGAUGUACAGUUUACACUGAAAAACAAGAAAAUACAAAACAAAAAACAAAAGGGAGAGCUUUUUUCCUUCCUGGUGGGAUAUGCAGAACUCAGUGGGUGUGUGUAUAUAUAAAUAUAUAUAUAAUAUAUAUAAAUAUAUAUAAUACUGACUUUAAAAAAAAAUCAAAUCCCCACAACAUACAUUUUUUUUUAAUCUGUGCCAAAAAUGUGUUUUCAGAGAAAAAAAAUCUUAUUUUCAUACUCAGACUUUGUAUUGUCACUCAUUUGUAAGUGCGCUUCAUUUAAACAUCCCCUCGUCUCAUCAGCUGUGGAAGUGUUAUACACUUGUACAAAGACUCUGCCCCAGCCCCCCUCGCCUCCCCUAACACUUAAUUAAUUUAUGGAACUUGGUUUUGUUUUUGUUUUUUUUUUUUUUUUUUUUUUUUUGUUUUUUUUUUUU